AUGACGACCAAGAAACCCAAGAAGUCGCGGCGUCAGGAGCAGCAGCCGAAGCAGCAGCAGGCGGCACUGCCGCAGGUACUGCCAAGGGUGCUGCCAAAGGCUCCGUCUGCAGGCCAGGUCUUGUCGUCUACAGUACACAUUCCAGUGGUUGAAUGGAAGGAAAUGUUGGAGAAGGCAAUCUUUUGCAAAGAACAGUUCUACAUGAUUGUGAUGGAUGGGUGUGGCCAGUGCAAAAUGAUGCUCAUUAAGAGCUAUAAUAUGCAUCGCCCCAAGGACUUGACCAACUUUCGCGCCGCGGACCGCACUGCCACCUUUGAUCCCAAGGAUGAGUUUGAGCUGUACCAUGAAGUCCUUGAGGUUGUUCUGUCGGAAUACCAUUCUGUUGGAGGCAAGUUCUCGGAUCAAUACGCUGCUAUUUUGGAAUGCAGAGGCGGAACAGAAAAGCUGCUACCGCCCCCCAUGCCCAAAGGACCCAUUGCGGUAAUCCAAGAUGCAUUCUUGACUCUCAAAGCGGCUCUUCCCAUUGAAGAGUCAGAAGACAGAGAAGAGAAAGAAGAAGAGGAACAAGAGCCCUUGGUGGAAGGUUACAGGGAUUCUCCAGAGGUGGAGAUGCUUCUCUGCCGGGGUCUUCGGCCAGAGGAGACCACCAAGGAGAUAUCAGUCAUGGGACGACGAGCAAGUGAAGAAGAGGUCCAGCCAUACAUGGUGGAGUUGCAUUACUCUCAGAAGCAGUGGCAUGAACGCAUGAAAGACUGGAUGCAGGAUACCUUCAACAAGAAGAGCGAAAUGGUGGCUGAUGCGAGGGAUGGAUGUGCGGCGCUGGAAAGACCUGCACCAAUGGCGUGUGGUCCCCCUGGGCAUCUGAUGACUUCCUUCAGUGAUGGAUCCAUGCUUUCUGGAUCCGAAAGAAUUCCCAGAGAGAUUGAAGUCGCCACCGACGACAGCUCCAACGACGGCUCCAAGAGUACUCAGCACCUCCUACCACGAGACAAUAUUUGGAUCCCUGAGUAUGAUGUUGUGUUCGGAGUUAGCCGUGAGAGCAAUGCCAGCACCAAGGCUACUGAGAUUUUCAAGCGUCGUGUCCUGACUUUCUUUGUCACCAAAACUAACAUCCGUGAAAGCCAAGUUCAGGUCAUGAAGUUGAUGCUGAAGGAGGAGAUCGAGGAUGAGGAAACCUUUGAUUCUAAGACAACUCCUGAUGCUACCUUUUGGAUGAAGCUGGCGGACUGUACUGACGACGAGGCGAAGAAGGACAGGUCAACGGAAGCAAAAUGGUUGAAGAAGGAAGACGGUGACUUUUUGGGGCCGUUUGUCCGAGCACCCGAAACCUUCAUCUACAAGGCAGUGGUCGAAUGGAUCAAGGCAUAUGAUGGUUCCGAGAGUGGGUCACGAGACCCGGAACCAUGCAUGACCAAGAGCUUUGCUACAGCCGCGCAAGGCGAUGAUAACACAGUUGAAGAAGUCCCUCAUGUCUCAGCAAUCGAAGCGAAGGUACCACAUGCUGCACCACAAACACAGCAGAAGGGUCCAAACCUCUUCCAGCUGACUGGCCCCAUUGAAACGUUGGAUCAGAAGGCGAAGGAAACCUGCCAGGAUUGGGUGAACGAUUCGGAAACUUUGUUGAUCAAAGCAGCAAAGAAGACUCUCAUCGAUUCCUUCCAACAGGACUUCCAUUCCUUCCUUUUCCUAUUCCAGUUGCAGUUGAAGCGAAUCAAAGGUGGUUAUACCGCCGGAGGCAGUCACUCUGUCGCCUCUGGUUCUCCUCAAGGUGCUGGCGGUGACGACUGCAGUUGGGUAUCGGCAGAGCCGAGUGUGCAGGAGGCGGACACCCGUAUUGCUGAUAUUGAGAAAGCCUGCAUUGACUUCAUGAACCGAAUGGGAAACAACAUGGUGAAGCGCUACCAGGAACUAUCGGGAGAAGACGACGCAGCUGCGGCCGCCGCAGCCGCCGCCGUAGCCGCUGCGGACGAAGCACGUGACGACGAUGGCACGCUAGAGGACGAUGACGAUCCCUCCGUCGGGUCAGAGGGUCGCGAGAGAGGAAGCAACCCUCCAACCCCCACUCGAAAGCAUGCUUUGAAGGCUGCCAAGGCGGCGAAGGAUCGAACCACUCGUCACGAGGAUGACGACGAUCCUGCCCUUUUGAGCAAGGAUGACACGACUUGUGGAAAGACUGACGAUCAAAGCUUCGACUACUCUGAAGCAAGCACCCCUGAACGUUUCCUUCGACAACUGGACGAACGAAAAGGGAGGCCGUCGCGUUACAGACAACCACUUCGAAAAUCAAGAACAAGAUCUCCGCCACCAAGACGAGGAAGGAGCCCAAGAAGACAUCGCGACGACUCCUACUCAGAGGAGGACCGCAGUGUUCGAUCUUAUCGGUCUCGGUCCUAUGGAAGGUCAUUCGAUGAUCGAACUGAACGAACGUGGCGCUCUCGAUCGUUAUCGUAUGAACGCUCCCCAUCUCCGGAGCCUUCCUAUGUGGGAGGAAGGACAAGAAACAGACGAGGAUAUGACUAUGAUAGCCCCCAGCCCACUAACUCAUUCACCGAUGAUGAUGAUACAUACCCGACAAGGGAAACAGGGCCAUUGGAUUCCGUAUCACUUGCGAAUUCGGAUCUCUCCCUUGCACAACUAACGUUUGAUAAGCCAAAAGCAGAAGCAGGCUGGUUUGGUAUGGGCUGGUAA